AUGACUAGGUGUAAACCCGCUGACACACCCGUGAAGUAUAAUGCAAAACUUGGUGUUAUAGACAACAAAGUAGUUAACAAGGAAAGGUAUCAGAGGUUGGUUAGAAAGCUAAUCUACCUGUCCCAUACAAGACUAGAUAUUUCAUAUGCAGUCAGCGUGGUAAGCCAGUUUAUGCAAGCUCCCUAUGAGGAGCAUAUGACUGCAGUUGAGCGUAUUCUUCGAUACUUGAAGGGGACUCCUGGUAAGGGUCUGGUGUUCAAAAAGUCUGAAAAAAGGACUAUUGAAGCUUAUACCGAUUCUGAUUGGGCAGGCUCUGUUGUUGAUAGAAAGUCAACCUCUUGUUAUUGCACCUUUGUCUGGGGUAACCUUGUCACCUGGCAAAGUAAGAAACAUGGAGUGGUGGCCAGGGGUAGCGCUGAAGCUGAGUACAGAGCAAUGAGCUUAAGGAUAUGUGAAGAAAUCUGGUUGAAAAAGGUGUUGUCUGAUCUUUACCAAGAUAGUGAGCUUCCAAUGAAAUUGUUUUAUGAUAAUAAAGCAGCAAUAAGUAUCGCAAACAAUCCAGUCCAGCAUGACAGAACUAAACAUGUAGAGAUUGACAGACACUUCAUUAAAGAAAGACUGGAUAAUGGGAGCAUUUGCAUCUCAUAUAUUCCCUAA